CGCCGCCGCCGCCGCCGCCGUCCCGUGCCCGCCGCCGCCCCGCGCGGCCCCGCCGCCGGCCAGGAUGCUGGAAGAAGCGGGCGAGGUGCUGGAGAACAUGCUGAAGGCGUCGUGCCUGCCGCUCGGCUUCAUCGUCUUCCUGCCCGCCGUGUUGCUGCUCGUGGCGCCGCCGCUGCCCGCCGCCGACGCGGCGCACGAGUUCACCGUCUACCGCAUGCAGCAGUACGACCUGCAGGGGCAGCCCUACGGCACGCGGAACGCAGUGCUCAACACGGAGGCCCGCACCAUCGACGCGGACGUGCUGAGCCGCCGCUGCGUGCUCAUGCGGCUGCUGGACUUCUCCUACGGGCGGUACCAGAAGGCCCUGCGGCAGUCGGCCGGCGCCGUGGUCAUCAUCCUGCCACGGGCCAUGGCCGCCGUGCCGCAGGACGUCAUCCGGCAAUUCAUGGAGACCGAGCCGGAGAUGCUGGCCAUGGAGACCGUGGUCCCCGUCUACUUCGCUGUGGAGGACGAGGCCUUGCUGUCCAUCUAUGAGCAGACGCAGGCCGCGUCCGCCGCCCAGGGCUCGGCCUCCGCUGCCGAAGUGCUGCUCCACACCGCCACGGCCAACGGCUUCCAGAUGGUCACUAGUGGGGUGCAGAGCAAGGCCGUGAGUGACUGGCUCAUCACCAGUGUGGAGGGGCGGCUGACUGGGCUAGGCGGAGAAGACCUUCCGACCAUCGUCAUUGUGGCCCACUACGAUGCCUUCGGAGUGGCCCCUUGGCUGUCGCACGGUGCGGACUCGAACGGGAGCGGCAUCUCCGUGCUGCUGGAGCUCGCCCGACUCUUCUCCAGGCUCUACACCUAUAAGCGCACGCACGCGGCGUACAACCUUCUCUUCUUUGCUUCUGGAGGGGGCAAGUUCAACUACCAGGGCACGAAGCGGUGGCUGGAGGACAACCUGGACCACACGGACUCCAGUCUGCUCCAGGACAACGUGGCCUUUGUGCUGUGCCUGGACACCGUGGGCCGCGGGGACAGGCUGCACCUGCACGUGUCCAAGCCGCCGCGGGAGGGGACGCUGCAGCACGCCUUCCUGCGCGAGCUGGAGGCGGUGGCUGCCCACCAGUUCCCGGAGGUCCGGUUCUCCAUGGUGCACAAGAAGAUCAACCUGGCGGAGGACAUCCUGGCCUGGGAGCACGAGCGCUUCGCCAUCCGCCGGCUGCCCGCCUUCACCCUGUCCCACCUGGAGAGCCACCGCGACGGCCAGCGCAGCAGCAUCAUGGACGUGAGGUCCCGGGUCGACUCUAAGACGCUGACCCGCAACACCAGGCUCAUCGCAGAGGCCCUGACCCGCGUCAUCUACAACCUGACGGAGAAGGGGACCCCCCCAGACAUGCCGGUCUUCACGGAGCAGAUGCAGAUCCAGCAGGAGCAGCUGGACUCGGUGAUGGACUGGCUCACCAACCAGCCGCGGGCCGCGCAGCUGGUGGACAAGGACGGCACGUUCCUCAGCACGCUCGAGCACUACCUGAGCCGCUACCUGAAGGAGGUCAAGCCACACCACAUCAAGGCCGACAAGCGGGACCCCGAGUUCGUCUUCUAUGACCAGCUGAAGCAGGUGAUGAACGCCUAUAGGGUCAAGCCCGCCAUCUUCGACCUGCUCCUGGCCGUCUGCAUUGGCGCCUACCUCGGGAUGGCCUACACGGCGGUCCAGCACUUCGACCUCCUGUACAAAACAGUCCAGAGACUGCUCGUGAAGGCCAAGACGCAGUGACGUGGCCCCUCGCCGGUGCCGAGUCCCUGCCUGCCGCCCCUCCCCUCUCCUGGCCGGCAGGAGGGCAGGGCUGCACCCCGGGCUCCGCGGCCGAAGCCCUGAAUUACAGAGCUUUUCUGUGUUGCUCUUGA